AUGUCCUGUGCCCCUCUCAUCUUAGACCACCACAAGGACAGAAAUAUCACUCUUGUAAUAAUGUUAGAAAACCAGACAACGAUUACAGAAGUCAUCCUCUUGGGAUUUGAAGAAAUAUAUAGGUUUCAGGUUCUUCUCUUCCUGGCAUUCUUAGUCGUUUACAUUGCAACUGUUGUGGGAAACAUUCUCAUCUUUGCACUUGUUGUCUUUGAUCGGCACUUUGAUACCCCUAUGUACUUCUUCUUGGGGAACCUCUCCUUCUUAGAGGCCUGUUUCUCUUCCAAUUUGUUUCCAAGGCUGCUUUUGAGUUUCUUGACUGGGAACAGAAUGAUCUCCUUCAGCAGCUGCAUCACCCAGUGGUUUAUCUUUGGUUCCUUGGAAAUAAUAGAAUGCUGUUUGCUGUGUGUGAUGUCUUAUGACAGAUAUCUAGCAAUCUGUAAGCCACUCCAUUAUGUAACAACUAUGAAGACCCAGACUUGUAUCCAGCUGGCAGCUGUAUCUUGGGUUAAUGGCUUUUUAAUUGUUUUAAUAUUGCUUAUUUUGAUGUUGAAGUUAACAUUUUGUGGCCCCAAGGAAAUCGAUCAUUAUUUUUGUGAGUAUUUCCCACUCCUAAAAAUCUCCUGCAGCGAUACCAGUUUGAUGAAGAUGCUGAGCGUUGUUUUGGCAGCCGUUGUUACACUCCCUCCUUUUCUUUUGACCAUGGUUUCCUAUGUACACAUCAUAGCAACCAUCUUGAAAAUCCCAUCCUCUACAGGGAGAAAAAAGGCCUUCUCUACUUGUUCUUCUCACUUGGUUGUGAUUUCUAUUUUCUAUGGGUCUCUGAUGACGGCAUAUAUGAUACCACAGCAAGAAAUAAAGAAAGACAUGAGAAAGUUUUCCUCUCUCCUGUACACAGUUGUGCCCCCUUUGCUUAACCCUUUCAUAUACAGCCUGAGAAACAAAGAGGUAAAGGAUGCACUGAGAAAUAAGCUACUUGACGAGGAGAUGGCACAGGCAUUAGCCACUCCCCAUGAGAGGGUUGCCACAGUUGGUGGCCUCAACUGCACCAUUAUCUGUUAUGUGGCAAUUCAGCCAUCCAGGAAGAAGCACAAGCAAUUGGGCCAAAGUGAACAAUGA